CUCAUUUCCAAUCUUCUUCCUCCGUCUUCUCCGUCAACUAAACUAAGCCUUGGCCACCACGUUACCCUAGACCUAAGGAAUCCCAUUUUUCCUUUGACUCUCUCUUUCUCUCUCUUCACUUUUGAGCUUCACUUAUCUGGCACACAACUUUUCACUCUUUAUAACCUUAAAUUUUUUUAUCUUUCUCACUAUCCCACACUUUUGCAGCGCACCCUUUUGCUAGAACCUCAUUGAAGUUCCGCAAAAAGAGCAAAUUUUUUCGGAUUCAUCAUUCAUUUAACUACCCUAUGUCAUUUGUUUUCUCAUCCCUUUCUCUCAUGCACUCUGCCACUGGUUUUUUCCUCGAACCCAUUUUCCUUCAUGGCUUAUCUGGCUUCCUCCAUCUACUAUUGCUAGUGGUGGUUUUAGUGUUAUGGGUUUGGAAGAAAAUAACAGUGGGUGCUAGAGAUGAGUCUAAGGAGAAAUCCAAGAACACCCUGUUUACGAUAACAAAGUUUUGUUCUCUGGGUGUUUUUGCUUUCAAUCUUGUCCUCUGCCUUUUUAAUUACUUCUAUUGGUAUAGAAGUGGUUGGUCGGAAGAAAAGCUCGUGACCCUUUUGGAUUUAGCGCUCAAAACAGUUGCUUGGGUUGUUGUUUACGUUUGCUUGCAUAAGGGAUUCUUCAGUUCAGGUGAAAGAAGAUUUUCGUUCAUCUUCAGAGCUUGGUGCGCUUUCUACCUCUUUAUUUCUUGUUAUUGCUUUGUAGUGGACAUAGUUCUUCUCUAUGAAAAACAUGUCGCUUUACCAGCUCAGUUCAUAGUUUCUGAUGUGGUAUCUGUUUGUGCGGGUUUGUUCUUCUGUUACGUGGGGUAUUUUGUGAAAAAUGAGGGUGAAGAUAUCAGUCUUCGAGAACCUCUUUUGAAUGGUGAUACAAAUGCUAGUAAUGCCUCGGGGUCAAAAGAGACCAAGGGGGGUGACACUGUUACCCCUUUCUCAAAUGCUGGAAUUUUCAGCAUUCUUACCUUCUCUUGGGUGGGUCCUCUCAUUGCUGUUGGCAAUAAGAAGACCUUAGACCUUGAGGAUGUCCCACAACUCGACGGCAGAGAGAGUGUAGUUGGAGCUUUUCCAACUUUCAGAGAUGGACUUGAGGCUGAAUGUGGUGCAAUUAACAACGUGACCACACUCAAGCUGGUGAAGUCAUUAUUAAUCUCAGCAUGGAAGGAGAUUCUUUUCACAGCUUUUCUUGCAUUGAUAAACACCUUGGCUUCUUAUGUUGGUCCUUAUCUUAUUGAUGCUUUUGUUCAAUACCUCGAUGGAAGACGGCUCUAUGAAAAUCAGGGCUAUGUUUUGGUUUCUGCAUUUUUCUUCGCAAAGCUCGUGGAGUGCCUGUCGCAAAGGCAUUGGUUCUUUAGGUUGCAGCAAGUUGGAAUUCGAAUCCGAGCACUGCUUGUGACAAUGAUCUAUAAUAAAGCCUUGACCCUUUCAUGUCAAUCAAAGCAGGGCCACACUUCUGGGGAAAUAAUCAAUUUCAUGACUGUUGAUGCUGAAAGAGUUGGUGACUUCAGUUGGUACAUGCAUGAUUUGUGGAUGGUAGCUCUGCAAGUUUCGUUAGCCUUGUUGAUUUUAUAUAAAAACCUUGGGCUAGCUUCAAUUGCUGCUUUAGUUGCAACUGUAAUUGUAAUGUUGGCAAAUGUUCCCUUAGGAUCAUUGCAAGAGAAGUUUCAAGACAAGCUGAUGGAGUCAAAGGAUAAAAGAAUGAAGGCCACGUCUGAGGUUUUAAGGAACAUGAGGAUCCUCAAACUACAAGGAUGGGAAAUGAAAUUUCUAUCUAAAAUAACUGAGCUCAGGAAAACUGAGCAAGGCUGGUUAAAAAAAUAUGUUUAUACUUCAGCCAUGACCGCAUUUGUGUUUUGGGGUGCCCCCACAUUUGUAUCUGUUGUUACAUUUGGUACUUGUAUGCUUAUAGGAAUCCCACUUGAAUCAGGGAAGAUCUUGUCUGCACUUGCAACAUUCCGGAUUCUUCAAGAGCCCAUUUAUAAUCUUCCUGAUACAAUUUCAAUGAUAGCACAAACUAAGGUUUCUCUUGAUAGGAUUGCCUCAUUCAUUCGUCUUGAUGACUUGCAGUCCGAUGUUGUAGAGAAGCUUCCUCGGGAUAGUUCUGAUACAGCAAUUGAAGUAGUUGAUGGAAAAUUCUCUUGGGAUUUAUCUUCCCCUAAUUCAACGUUGCAAAACAUAAAUCUUAGAGUUUUUCAUGGCAUGAGGGUUGCUGUUUGUGGUACUGUUGGAUCAGGCAAGUCUACUUUACUUUCUUGUGUAUUGGGAGAAGUACCAAAGGUAUCGGGCAUCCUUAAGGUUUGUGGAACAAAGGCCUAUGUUGCUCAAUCACCAUGGAUACAAAGCGGCAAGAUAGAGGAUAAUAUAUUGUUUGGUAAACCCAUGGACAGGGAAAGGUAUGAAAAGGUACUUGAAGCCUGUUCCCUGAAGAAGGACCUGGAGAUUUUGUCAUUUGGUGAUCAGACAGUUAUAGGAGAGCGUGGAAUAAAUUUGAGUGGUGGACAGAAACAAAGAAUACAAAUUGCACGUGCUCUUUACCAAGAUGCCGACACAUAUCUAUUUGAUGAUCCCUUUAGCGCUGUGGAUGCUCAUACAGGAUCUCACCUCUUUAAGGAGUGCUUACUGGGUCUUUUAAGUUUAAAGACAGUGGUUUAUGUCACUCAUCAAGUAGAGUUCUUACCUGCUGCUGACCUUAUAUUGGUAAUGAAAGAUGGGAAAAUUACUCAAUGUGGAAAGUAUAAUGAUCUGCUUAACAUUGGGACUGAUUUUCUGGAACUUGUUGGUGCACACAAAAAAGCUUUGUCUACACUUGAUUCAUUGGAUGGAGGGACAGUAUCUGAUGAAAUAAGUAGCUUAGAACAAGAUGUAAAUGUCUCUGGCACUCAUGAUGUUAAAGAAAAAGAAGCAAAAGAAGAUGAGAAAAAUGGUAAAAGUGACGACAAAGGUGAACCAAAAGGCCAGCUUGUUCAAGAAGAAGAGAGAGAGAAAGGUAAAGUUGGGUUUUCAGUCUAUUGGAAAUAUAUCACCACUGCAUAUGGAGGAGCUCUUGUGCCAAUCAUAUUGUUGGCUCAGAUUCUUUUUCAAGUUCUUCAAAUUGGAAGCAACUAUUGGAUGGCUUGGGCAACUCCCAUCUCAUCAGAUGUUGAGCCACCAGUUGGAGGAACGACCCUUAUAGCAGUCUAUGUUGGUUUGGCCAUUGGAAGUUCUUUCUGCAUCCUUGUCAGAUCUAUGCUUCUUGCCACAGCUGGUUAUAAGACAGCUACUCUACUCUUCAAUAAAAUGCACUUCUGCAUUUUCCGUGCCCCAAUGUCAUUUUUUGAUUCCACUCCAAGUGGGCGAAUCCUUAACAGAGCUUCUACUGACCAAAGUGCAGUGGAUACAGGCAUACCCUACCAAAUUGCUUCAUUUGCCUUCUCCAUGAUCCAGCUUCUGGGAAUUAUAGCAGUUAUGUCUCAGGUUGCAUGGCAGGUUUUCAUUGUCUUUAUACCUGUGAUAGCAAUCAGCAUCUGGUAUCAGCAAUAUUAUUUACCAGCAGCCCGAGAACUAUCACGUUUAGUUGGAGUAUGCAAAGCUCCAAUCAUUCAACACUUCGCCGAAACAAUUUCUGGUACGUCAACCAUUAGAAGCUUUGAUCAGCAGUCAAGAUUUCAGGAAACAAAUAUGAAACUGACGGAUGGGUAUUCUCGGCCGAAGUUCAAUAUUGCUGGUGCUAUGGAAUGGCUGUGCUUCCGCUUAGAUAUGUUGUCUUCUUUAACAUUUGUCUUUUCCUUGAUAUUCUUGAUAUCAAUUCCACAGGGAGUCAUAGAUCCUGGCCUUGCUGGUUUAGCUGUUACCUACGGACUUAAUUUAAACAUGAUACAAGCUUGGGUGAUAUGGAAUCUUUGCAACUUGGAGAACAAAAUUAUAUCAGUAGAAAGAAUACUUCAGUAUACUAGCAUUCCUAGUGAACCUCCCCUUGUUGUAGAAGAAACUAGACCAGAUCCUUCUUGGCCGUCAUACGGCGAGGUUAAUAUACAAGACUUGCAGGUUCGUUAUGCUCCACAUCUUCCGCUUGUUUUGCGUGGCCUUACAUGCACGUUUCGUGGAGGAUUGAAAACUGGCAUUGUUGGGAGAACAGGAAGCGGUAAAUCAACUCUCAUACAAACACUUUUCCGAAUUGUUGAACCUACUGCUGGGCAAGUUAUGAUAGACAGCAUCAACAUCUCCUCAAUCGGACUUCAUGAUUUGAGGUCUAGAUUAAGUAUUAUUCCUCAGGAUCCAACCAUGUUUGAAGGGACAGUGAGAAAUAAUCUGGAUCCCCUGGAAGAGUACACUGAUGAACAAAUUUGGCAGGCCCUGGAGAAGUGUCAACUGGGAGAUGAAGUUAGAAAGAAAGAAGGAAAGCUUGACUCAGCAGUUAGUGAGAACGGUGAGAAUUGGAGUAUGGGUCAGAGGCAGUUGGUCUGCCUUGGUAGGGUGCUGCUUAAGAAAAGCAAGGUUUUGGUGCUUGAUGAAGCCACUGCAUCAGUUGAUACUGCUACAGAUAAUUUGAUUCAGCAAACUCUUAGACAACAUUUCUCUGACUCUACAGUAAUUACCAUUGCACAUCGAAUUACUUCUGUUCUUGACAGUGAUAUGGUUCUGCUUCUUAGUCAAGGACUCAUUGAGGAGUAUGACUCCCCAACAACAUUGCUAGGGGAUAGGUCAUCAUCUUUUGCUCAACUUGUUGCCGAGUAUACCGUGAGGUCCAACUCCAGUUUUGAAAAAUCUGAUGAUCACUGAUUGAAAACCAACCCAAAUAAAAAGUUUCUCGACAAUGACGAAAAUCUGGGGGGGGGGGGAUUACAAACUUAUCAAAUGGGGCUUGUAAUUCUUUUGUCAUUAAGUAUUUGUAAUGGAAAAAUAUAUUUUAUAAAUAAGGCUUUUGAUCUGCUAUGUGAAACUGUCAUGUCGAUCUUCACUCUUUUUUACCCCUUGGUAUAGUGUGGAUCAAAGACAUGGCUGCCUGUUGGAGGGUAGAUAUUCUUACCAAGGUUGAUACUGUCCUAAAUCAGCCCCAGUUAAAGGGGUUUGAAAGAGGAAAUCAUACAAAUUGUUAUAUUGUUCACCAGACAGAG